AUGUGCAGGCACAAGAAAGCGACGUGCCACAAGUGCCGCAAAAAGGGACACCUGGCGAGAAGGUGCUCCAGCGGUCGCGGUAACCCCUCGGGAACUUACGCUGUGAAGGAGCUAGACGGCAGUGAAGAAGAAAUGCUCUACGCUUUGGUGGCUCACAGCUACAGUAGCAACGAAUUCGUUCGGCCAUUCGAAAGGGAUUUCAUCUGGGAGGGCCCGAAACUGCGCAUGCUGGUGGAUACGGGGUCCACUAUCAGCGUAAUUCCAAAGGGAGUAUUCGAGAACCACCGUGAACUGUGGCCGACACUGGAGAAGACUUCACUACGCCUGACGUGCUUCCUGGGGCCGCUGCCGGUCCUUGGCCGAGAGGCCAUGAAAGUCAAAUGCGGUAACACGGAAGUGGAGAGCUCGCUAGUUGUAGUGGAUUGCGAUGGGCCUCUGCUGUGCGGCCGGAACACCAUCCAAGCCUUCCGGAAUGCUGGCAUGGCGCUACUGGAAGAAUGUGCGCCGGACAGCGUAAAUGUGGUUCGAUGUGACGCAGCCACGGCGCAACUGGUGGCGGAAUUUCCGGAAAUUUUCGAGGAGAGGUUGGGUUGUUGCGAGGGGCCGCCUGUGAAGCUACACAAAAAAUAG